AUGAUGGCGACUCCUUCCCGUUUCGGCUGGUCAAGCCUGACUGCAAUCUUCCUCCUUUUUCUUUCUCUAUUGAACAUUGCAACUGCCACCCCUCUGCCUGUUGACGACGUUGGCAAGACCCUCGUUGCACGACAAACCUCCAUAUCUGAAUCGAGGUAUCAAAAAUAUCUCAUCAAUUACUUCCCGAUCCCCAAUGGCUAUAUCUUCUACAGCGGUCAGUCAGAAGACCAAGUCAAAAACUUUCUAGCAAGAAACCGUGGCUAUGCCUCCUACGAUACUAUGUUCAAUGCGCCCGACUUCAAUCACCCAUGGUACAAAGCUUUCGACGAAACCAAGGAUGUUGACGAUGCCGAGGCAUCUUCCUCAGCCAUGGCCUCGGUCGCAACCGGAGAAGUCCUGGUCUUCGGAGCUAUCGAAUGGCAGACAGAAGGAGCAAAGUCCUUUUUUACGCAGUUUGAAAUUCCCAGACUCCAUCACGGACUCCAGACCCGCAGAAUUACGGCCAUCAAACACAUGGUCUAUGGUGCUACCAGUGCAUCCCAAGUCAUGGCAUAUGAAAACGCCAGCGGACAGUUCACCUGGUCACCCGGCUACGGGCCAGGCUCUAAGAAUGCUUCUGGCGCCUAUGGUGUAUGCAGACGAGCUCGUGUUGGAAUUUGCGACUAUCCAAGGCUCCUACGUAAGGCGGUCAGGCCGGCUGCUAAGCCUAAGAAGGGUGGUCGUCGUUAUUGA